AUGAUAGCACCAAAGAAUGGGCCGUUUAUGCCCUGGUGGAUGGCGCUACUUAUCAUUAUAUCCCUCAAUGCACAAUCAACUCUUGCCUGGACCAAUAACCCAUAUUUUCCUGUGACUCGACUGCCACCCUCGAUGCGUCCAAAGGGGAGGCUUUCCCAGAACUUCCACGAUUGUGAAGAACACCAGGACGCCAUAAAAAAAUCUUAUACCGAUGCCUAUUAUGCGGUUGGCACGGCGCUCAAACGUUUGAACGCUCUACAGAGCUUUCUACAGACACGUCCCGCAGUCGACACCGUUAUAAAAGGCAUCGACCGCUCGACCUUGUAUACUUUCGAGACACUCUUCGGCAAUCUGUAUAACGGACCUGGCAAGGGUUACCCUGAAGGGUACAAGAGGUUGAAAAUUCUCGUUGAACGCCUCACCAGGCUAGAUAGGUAUUACCACAGCUACCGUUGGGAGAUAUGGUGCAGUGAAAAUUUCCUGGCACCGCUUCCGCAGGAUAUGAUCCCGACAGACAAAGGUGAUGCCUACAUUUCUAAGCUAUACUUUGACGACCGGCCAGAAGACCUAGGUGGUCAGCGCAGGAUAUACUGCCCUUUAAGAUGCGGUGGUAAAUCUAAUGUGAGGGCUAUGACCCUGCAUUUUAGCGCCACUCAGUCACCAAGCGGGAGCUACGAUAUCGUUGUCCUCUGCCCGUGGUAUUUCGACAACUGGUUCGGAGGUGACGACACUCUGAAUUCACCCCUGGACGGGCUCAGGCAGCAUCAAUUUGACGACAAGUCGGUACACCUAGACAUGAUCUCACGUAAAACUCUUGCGUUGACUUUGAUCCAUGAGAUAACUCAUUCACUGAAGCUCUUUCCAUAUCCCAUGAGGGCAACAAGGGAUUUUGGUUAUUAUUUUGACCAAAUUACUAAACUUGCCCAGGAGGAUCCUGAUGACGCUAUAUACAAUGCUGGUGAGUUGGACUCUAGAAUUGCCUGA